AAAUACAAGAAUUAAAAGUUUUGGAGGCUUGGACUGCAGCCAGCUUGCCUGGUUAACUGGACCCUUUGUGGCGUUUGAGGGGUGUUUUUAAAAAGAGGAAGGAAAGAGCUCAGCUUAAAAAUCUUGGCUCAGCUUUGGAGUAUUUCCUCCCAGCGCUCUGGCUAAACCUCAGCACAAAAGCCUGGACUGGGAGGCUAUGUAAACGGAGGAGGGACUCUGCAUUGCUCCUCUCCUCCCGGACUAGGCAACAUCCCCAGACAGAGCUUGGAGGCUUCGAAACCAUGCUGUUCAUUUGGGCUCUGGCUUUUAUUUUAGUGCUUCAGGAGCAAGAUUUUUCAGCUGCCGCAGAUCCUGUCAGCAUACUACCUGGAAGUUCAGGAAGGAGCGAUUGGUGCAAUGAACACAACACAAUCCAUAGGCGCUUAGAUGUGAUCGAAGAGGUAGAAAAAACAGUCGAGUAUCUUGAGUCAGAAGUGAAGACGUUACUGAAGGACAUCAGUGAAACAGCAUGGAGUGCCCCAACUGCUCCUGGAAUCCCCCUCAUGGACAUUUUUGAUGAUGCCAGCUGAGCACCAGGACAAUGGAAGAGAACAGAAUUUAAUAAUAUUCCACAGUAUGGUUGUCUCAGACAGUUGCACUUUGUUGCUUUAAUAUGCCUUAUAGGAUUUCUAGAGAUUGAAGAGGGAUGAAGAACACUGAGAAGUCAAUUACUUUGUGUUUGUGCUUUUUAAUAAAAAGAAUUGCUUUUCAGA